AUGAGAGACACGCCGCGAGCAAAGGUGUGUGGAAUCUGUACUAGCAUGGACCACUGCACGGACACGUGCCCCAUUUUGCAAGAGGACGGGGCGGAACAGGCAACAAAUUCAUUUCCGAAUCGUCCACCAGGAUUCCACCAGCCAUGGCAACCAAAAUCUCAACCCUCGUCCUCCAAUUCAGGAAACUCCCUGGAGGACCUAGUCAAAAGCUUGACCACGACUACUACCCAGUUUCAACAGGAGAUCAGAUCCUUGGCCGCGAAUACCGCGCAGCUCCAGCAGGACACCAAGGCUGACAAGAAGGACCAAGAUGUUCGAAUAAGCCAACUGGCAACUGCCAUCAACCGCUUGGAGUCCCACGUUUAUGAAAAACUGCCAUUGCAACCCGAGCUGGAGAAGACAAAAAAGGUAGAAAAGGAAAAAGAGCUUUUAGAUGUGUUCCAAAAAGUGGAGAUUAACAUUCCUUUACUGGAUGCAAUCAAGCAGAUACCGAAAUAUGUUAAAUUUCUCAAGGAUCUAUGCAUCCAUAAGAGGAAACUGAGAGGGGACGAAAGAGUAGCGGUGGGAGAGAAUGUGUCAGCAAUGCUCCAAAGAAAACUCCCACCCAAGUGUGGAGAUCCAGGUAUGUUCACGAUCCCCUGUAAGAUAGGGAAUAUACCGAUCAGGAAAGUAAUGUUAGAUUUAGGGGCGUCAAUCAAUGUGAUGCCAAAAACCAUUUUUGCUUCUCUAAAUCUUGGGCCACUUAAAGAAACAGCCAUCAUAAUCCAACUAACUGAUCACACAAAUGCAUAUCCAGAGGGGCUAGUUGAGGAUGUCUUGGUUCAAGUAAAUGAAUUGGUCUUUCCGACAGAUUUUUAUAUCUUGGACAUGGGAGAUGAAAAAUCAAUAAACCCGUCACCUAUCUUGUUAGGUAGACCAUUUCUUAGCACUGCCAGGACUAAGAUAGAUGUGAAUGAGGGUACUUUGUCAAUGGAAUUUGAUGGUGAAACUGUGAAUUUCAAUAUUUUUGAGGCGAUGAAGUAUCCAGAAGAAUCUAACUCGGUCUUUGCUUUGAGCGUUAUUGAGCCUUUUGUGCAGGAAACUUUCGAAUUAGAUGGCAAAGACGCAUUGGAAGUGGCUCUAAUCAAGCAUCUGGAGUUGGGUGUAACUCUUGAUGUGGACCUAAGGGAAGAUUUGCUCCAUGCUGUUGAAGCCUUACACUCACUUCCACCCGUAUCCCCAAGGUAUGAGCUUACUUCUCUUUUUGUGCCAGAGGCUCAGACAAAGUUGCUCCCUUCAGUUGUGCAGGCACCGGAGUUAGAACUAAAGUCUCUCCCGAAACAUCUAAAGUACGCAUUCCUAGGAGACCGGGAGACACUUCCGGUGAUCAUCUCUGCACACCUAUCUCCAAGUCAAGAGGACAGACUGGUGCGAAUCCUUAGGGAACAUAAGGAGGCAAUUGGGUGGAGCAUAACCGAUAUUAAAGGGAUUAACCCGUCCUUGUGUAUGCACCGGAUAAGACUCGAGGAUGAUGUAAAGCCGGUGAGGCAAGCACAGCGAAAAUUGAACCCUCUGAUGAUGGAAGUGGUGAAAAAGGAGAUACUCAACCUUCUGGAGGUAGGGAUCAUUUUCGCUAUUUCGGAUAGUCCGUGGGUGAGUCCUGUCCAAGUGGUCCCGAAGAAGGCGGGAGUGACCGUGGAGGAGAACCAGGAGGGUGAUAUGGUACCGGUCAGGAAAGCUACUGGCUGGCGUCAGUUACUUUCAGAUCGCGAUAGCACCAGAAGACCAGGAGAAGACUACAUUCACAUGACUGUUCGGUACAUUCGCUUAUCACAGGAUGCCUUUCGGUCUCUGCAAUGCUCCGGCAACUUUCCAAAGGUGCAUGGCUUUUACAGGAGAUUUAUCAAAGACUUUUCAAAAAUAGGAGCACCCCUGUUCAAGUUACUGCAGAAGGACGUGCCAUUUGAUUUCACAAAUGAAUGCAAGGUGGCUUUUGAUAAACUGAAGGAAUCAUUGACAUCGCCGCCUGUCAUUCAACCCCCAGAUUGGAGCCUUCCGUUUGAAAUCAUGUGCGACGCGAGUGACUAUGCCGUGGGGACCGUGUUGGGACAAAGAAUUGGAAGAGCGUCACACGCGAUCUAUUAUGCGUCGAGAGCCUUAAGUGGAGCCCAAGUUAAUUACUCCACGACAGAGAAAGAAUUACUAGCUGUUGUUUUUGCACUAGAAAAAUUUAGGUCAUAUUUAUUUGGUGCAAAAGUAAUAGUUUUCUCUGAUCAUGCAGCCUUGAGGUACUUGCUGGCGAAGAAGGAUGCUAAACCAAGGCUGAUCAGGUGGAUUUUGCUCCUGCAGGAGUUUGACCUAGAAAUCAGGGAUAAGAGCGGAGCUGAGAAUUUGGUGGCUGAUUAUUUGAGCCGGUUGCUCACAAAUCAAGAGGAUCUACCGUUAAGAGAAUCAUUUCCUGAGGAACAAUUAUUAGCCAUUGAUUUGUCAAUACCUUGGUACGCUGACAUUGUUAAUUUUUUGGUAACAAAUCAAUUACCUGCGGGUUGGUCAAAAGCUAAAAGAGAUAAGUUAAAGAGUGAUGCCAAACAUUACCUUUGGGAUGACCCCUACCUGUGGAGGCAAUGUUCGGACCAAGUGAUAAGAAGGUGUGUAAGUGCAGGUGAGUUUCACUCUAUUUUGACUUUCUGUCAUUCGUUUGCAUGUGGAGGGCAUUUUGAUCCAAAGCGGACGGCUCGUAAAGUGUUAGAAAGUGGUUUUUAUUGGCAUACUCUCUUUAAGGAUGCAUAUUUGUUCUGUAAAUAUUGUGAUAAGUGUCAAAGGGUGGGGAAUAUUUCUCGUAGGGACCAAAUGAGUCAGACUCCCAUAUUAUUUGUUGAGAUUUUUGAUGUCUGGGGUAUAGAUUUCAUGGGUCCUUUCCCCUCGUCUUUUGGUUUCUUGUACAUUAUACUUGCUGUUGACUAUGUUUCCAAAUGGGUGGAGGCGAAAGCCACCCGAACUAAUGACUCUAGAGUGGUUGCAGAUUUUAUAAGAUCUAACAUUUUUGUCCGCUUUGGAAUGCCGAGAGCUAUAGUGAGUGACAGGGGCACCCAUUUCUACAAUAAGACAAUCACUGCAUUGUUUCGUAAGUAUGGUGUGCUGCAUAAAGUAUCCACUCCAUAUCACCCACAGACGAAUGGGCAGGCCGAAGUGUCGAAUAGGGAAGUUAAGUCCAUCUUGGAAAAGAUGGUGCGGCCUAAUAGGAAAGACUGGAGUCUGAAGUUGGAAGAUACUCUCUGGGCCUACCGCACUGCGUAUAGGACACCGAUUGGGAUGUCCCCAUACAGGUUAGUUUUUGGGAAGCCUUGCCACUUACCAGUAGAAUUUGAACACAGGGCUUCUGGGCGCUCAAGGGGUGUAACAUGGACCUUAUGGAGGCCGGAGGAAAUAGGAAGCUUCAAUUACAAGAUGGAAAUCCAAAGUCUUAAGACAGAGAAAAGGUUCGUAGUCAAUGGUCACCGUCUAAAGCCUUAUUAUGAAGGGUUCAACAGUGAGCAAGUGAAGUUUUAUUUUAAUGUUUUGAUGGUUUUUGUGGUGUUAGACAGAAGAAUAGAGGUUCCAAGGCAUGCCCACACCUUGGAAAGGGUGCGCCAAGUGCCCUGA